CAACUCAACAUCGAUGAUCAUCGAGCAUCCCUAAUUUAUUUGUAUUCUAUAUUUUUGUGAAAGAUUUUUACAAGUUUGCAAUUUCGAUCGCAAAAGAUUAAGAAAAUUGUUUGACGUGAAUCUGAAAUAAUAAUCCAAGAUGAGCUGUUUCGAGAACAUCACGAUGCCAAGUUGUGUUUGGUUUGAGAGCGGAGAAAAACGAAACAUAUACGCGUCCAUAUUCUCUGGACUCUUGUUCUUUGCGGGCUGGUGGUUCAUCAUUGAUGCAGCGUCAGUGUACCCCGGGGAGCUGCCCAACGCAGCUCACGUGUGCGGAGUGAUGGCCACACUGUCACUUAUUAUGGUCAACUCGGUGUCUAAUGCACAGGUCCGAGGAGAGACGUACACAGGAGGCUGCAUGGGUCCCCGCGGCGCUCGGCUGUGGCUCUUCCUCGGCUUCGUGGUUGGGUUCGCCUCGCUCAUCGCAGCUUGCUGGAUCCUGUUCGCUAACUAUGUUAAUGCUGGUAGCUCAAAACACACUUGGCCGGGAGUGAGCCUGUUUAUGCAGAAUGCCUUCAUAUUCGCAGGUUCGUUGGUAUUCAAAUUCGGACGUUCGGAAGAUGUGUGGGGCUAAGUUGAUGUUUACAGGUCUUCACUGACUUACACAUUAAGCACCACACAACAUAACACUGGUCACAAAAGAACAUUGUAUCAAAUGCAAUACAUUUGAGAACUGUUUUGUUUCUGUAAAAGAAGUUAAUAAAUAUUAUUUAUUUUUCAGAAAUUUGCAAGUUCAGAUUAGAAUUGACAAUUAAAACCCACCUUUGUUUGAAUUAGUUUCGUUUGUUAUUUGACUAUUGAAUUAAUAAAAAUCAAAUACAAUUAAUAAUAUAUUCUAUUGAGUACUUAGUAAAAUGUGUAUCACAGUAGGUAAAAAACAGAAUUAAUUGUACUGUUAUUGUUUGAUUUAUUUACAUAAAUGUAUCAUAUUUUUAGUGAUAAAGUCAGUGAUGGCCUUUUUUUUAUUGUGAAAAAAUGUGAAAAAGCGUCAUUUUGUUGGCAUCGAUUUAACAGCUUUGUUCUUUUUUAUUCGAAUUAGUUUAUUGUAGUGUUAUUUGUAUUAUAGUUGAUUAAUAUUAUUUUUAUUAGCAUUCCUUUUUCAAAAUCAGUUUAUAUGCAAUAACAAUGUAAGCUUCUAGAGUUGUGAACCCUAAAUUAAAUCUAUAAAUUUUGAUUAUCUUGCAAAUAUCAAAAUAUGUCGUAAACAGUAGACAGAAAAGUAAAUAGAUGAUAGCAAGCAUCCAUCCAUCCAACCAUCAUUAGAAAUUAAAUAUCACAUGCCUGAAAUGGUGAAGGAGAAAUAUCGUAUUACCUGUAUACAUGAGGAUUUUCUUAAUUCUCUAUGUGUGUGAAGUCUGCCAACUGGGCCAGCGUGGUGAGCUAAGGCCUAACCCAUUCUGAGAGGAGACUCGUGCUCAACAAUGAACUGAAUAUGGAUCACUGAGCACGAUGAUGAUGAUGAUGAUGACGAUGACGAUGCUGAUGAUGAUGAAGCAUCCAUUGCAUUUCCUUAAAAGAGAACAAUUUAUGUGGACCCUGCGAUGUGAUGUCAUAACUAAAAUAAACGUGUGACCACAAAAUUACAGCCUCAACUUGGUAACAAAUUAUAAGUAAAAUAUAUUAGUGAAAAAAUCGUAUUUUUAUCUGACAAUGGUAAGCCAAUCAGUUGUCUAUUAGCUUUUGUGUCUACGGACAUACAUUCUAUUGGUUGUCUAUUGGUGUAUCAAUAUAUUAAUUAAGUUCUGAAGUUACAUUUGAUUAAGCUAGUCACAUUAUGCUUGACAAUGCACCUUACAUAUAAUGUAAAAUGCUCGAGUAAACUAUGUUCUCAAAAAAUAUUUUUUUUAAGAUAAUAUAUAAUAAUUAAAUUGAUUUAUUAUUUUAAAAUGUAAUAGGUAUUCCUAAAAUAUCUAAUCACGUAUGUUAUAUAAAAAAAUAAAUGGUACUUUCUCUAACAA